UCCAGGCUGUCGGGGCUCACAUUGGCACAACGGAGAUCACCGGAUGUCCUGAGGGGAACGGUGCAAUUUAUGGCUUACGUCAGGGACUACUUGACCUAUUAUCAUAAAGCGCGAACAUGCCCAGGCAACUUCGAGAACGUCGGAGGCACCUGCCUGUACCUUGCCAAGGAAAAAACAGCGCGUUGGGAUCAUGCUCGGACGUACUGCAAGAAUCUGGGAGGAGAUUUGGCCGUAUUCAAAGAUGCCAAUGCAUUUACUGCAGGUCUAGAUUAUGUAAAAGAUCAACAAUUGGUCCGGAACACGCAAAUAUGGAUAGGCGCUACUGACAGGCACCGCGAGAAUCACUGGAAGUGGAUCACGGGUCAAAGGAUAACGAGGGUAACGCCCUUUUGGGGCAAACAUUAUUUCUCCAAACAGGAAUCAACGUAUGACUGCGGCGUGCUCCAUGGGCUGGACGAUUACCUGAUGCAUGACGCGGCUUGCUCUUCGAAGUACAUGCCUCUGUGUCAGAUCCAAUAGGCCCCUUCUGGUGUCACUCGAAGCCCCGUUCCGAAUCUCCUCUGAAUUGCGCUUAUGAGUUUGCCAUCAAUAGAUAGCAGCGUACAUCGCACGCUGUAAAUGUUCAUCGAUUGAGAUUUUAGAAAAUGAUGUUUAUUCGUGUUGAAGUAGUCUUAAAUUGAAUAAUCUGUGAUGUUUAAAGAAAAAUAUAUAUUUUACGAAAAUCAUAACACGGACCGGUCUAUAAUUGCCUAAAAUGUACGCACUCUUAAUCAUUUCAUGAGAAAUCACCUCGAAGAGAUUUUUCCUUUUAUUUCAUAUGACCUGAUAAGCAUCAUACCCGUACUACCGUGGCAACCUAUUUUACUGUUAUAUUCGUCAAAUAUUCUUUUCUUGUACGCCCCUGUGGUUGUGUUGUUGUCACCGGCA